AUGACGGCAGCCGGAGUAGCCGCGGCUCAGACGAAGAAGCUCAUGAAAUUUAGCCUUUCUCUCUUCCAACGAGGCUUUAGCUCCUCUAAAUGCAAAACGGCGGCGAAAAUGGCAGUGGCUCGGAUAAAGCUACUGAGGAACAAAAGACAAGUUGUGGUGAAGCAAAUGAGGCGUGACAUCGCCGUUCUUCUUCAAUCCGGUCAAGAUGCCACCGCUCGAAUCAGAGUUGAACAUGUGAUUAGAGAGCAGAACAUUCUAGCGGCAAACGAAAUCAUCGAGCUUUUCUGCGAACUUAUCGUCUCCCGACUCACUAUCAUCACCAAGCAAAAGGAAUGCCCUGUGGAUCUUAAGGAAGGUAUUGCGAGUUUGAUCUUCGCUGCGCCUAGGUGCUCUGAGAUUCCGGAGCUUGGAGAUCUCAGAGACAUCUUUGUCAAGAAAUACGGGAAAGAUUUUGUCUCUGCUGCUACUGAUUUGCGUCCCACUUGUGGCGUGAACCGGAUGUUGGUUGACAAGCUUUCUGUUAGGCAUCCCGGUGGAGAAUUCAAACUGAAGAUCAUGAAAGAGAUUGCUAAAGAAUUCCAAAUCGAUUGGGACACUACAGAGACUGAGCAAGAACUUCUCAAACCUCAAGAAGAAACCAUUGGUGGUCCAAGUGCGUUUGUUAGCGCCUCAAGCUUACCCGUGAAUCGUGCAGCUCACGACCCCAUUGAUCCUACAAACGCUGCGCUGAGAUCGAACAGCAGCACGAGCAUCAACACUCAUUAUUAUCAAGACACUGAGUCAGCAGCUGAAGCAGCGGCUGAGUUAGCUCAACAGGCGGUUGCAGCAGCACAAGCAGCUGCGUUACUAGCUAACAGAAGAGACAGCACCAACACCAAUCAUUCAACAGACGAGAAGGAUCAUCAUUAUCAUCAGGCAGGCUCAAGAAGGCAAUCCCGAGAUUCUGAAACAAGCUCCUACUACGCAAAACCGUCUGCGGAAAACAGAGGGAACUUUAGAAGAUACAGCUACAACAACAACCGGAGUAUUAAUGAAUCUGAGCACGAGGAAGAAGACUACAGCAGAACCGAAGCAGAAGCAAAGGAAAUGAGGAGGAGACACAGCUACAACUCUCCAUCGCUUCCUCCUCCUCCUCCUCCUCCUCCUCCUGCAGCUUCUGAGGCCAAGUUUGAUGAGUCGGAUUACUACGAGGAAGAGACGGAGACAGAGGCAGAGGAAGGACCAUUACAGAGUCGUGCUUCUUCCCUCCCGCCAAAUCGAGCACCGCCUCAGGCUCCUCAGUCCGGUGAAUCCAGAAGAGAGUCAAGCGGUCACGCUCACCCAAAACUGCCUGACUAUGAUUUGUUAGCUGCACGUUUUAAAGAAAUCAGGCACAGUAAAGGCCCGUUGAUCUGA